CAUGUAUUAAAUGUUAUCUAAACUAUAAAUGGUUUCCUCAAAAACUCUGUAAAAGAUCUUAUACGAUGAUGCUCUUAGACAUACGUUAAGCGAAUCAGCCUCUGAUUUUGUUUCCGCCCUUGCGCAACGGUGCCGCUGUCGAUUUACGGAGAGUGAGAAUCUGCAAUGUUUAUGUUGUGCGUUUGUCUUUCAGACUAUCGAGAUUAAUCUGAAUGCUAUUCGGGACCCACAGUGAUCUUGAGAUUUCUCCGGUGGAGUCCCGAGAUUCAAGGGAGUUUGUGAACACAGUUGUUCGAUUAUUCCUCUUGUUGAUUGGAUCGAAGUUGGGUUUUGUGAAUCUAGUGAAUGGAUCAUGCUCUGAGAUUAGCUCUCUUGCUGGUGCUUCUUGCCAAAGUUUAUCCAUCUUCUAGUGCAUAUGAGUUUGAGCAUUGCGAAAAUACUGUGAAGCAAUGGGCGUCUUCAUCUCUUCACUCCACCAAUAUCAAAGAUGGGCACAUUCUCAAGGAUUUGUUGUUCUUCCUCCAUGUCCCAAGAACAGGAGGGCGAACUUACUUUUAUUGUUUUUUGAAGAAACUGUACUCUAACUCUCUAGAAUGCCCACGAUCUUAUGAUAAACUUCGGUUUGAUCCUCGCAAACAGAAUUGCAAGUUGUUUGCAACUCAUGAUGACUAUAGCAUCAUGUCCAAACUCCCCAGAGAGAAAAGUUCAGUAGUAACCAUACUUAGAAACCCCAUUGAUCGUGUUUUUAGUGCUUAUGAGUUCUCUAUAGAGGUAGCAGCUAGGUUUUUGGUGCAUCCUAACUUAACAUCAGCUACAAAAAUGUCUGGAAAUUUGGGUUCAAAGAAAAGUGUUAUAAGCACACUCGAUAUUUGGCCAUGGAAGUAUUUAGUUCCAUGGAUGCGAGAGGAACUAUUUUCUCGGCGAGAUGCUAGAAGGAGAAAGGGUCCACCAAAUUCUUAUGGGGAUGACUCAUAUAAUAUGGAGGAAAUUGUUACACCAUUACAUGAAUUCAUCAAUCAUCCUGUAGCUCUGGAUCUUGUUCAUAAUGGUGCCACUUUCCAGAUUGCAGGUUUGACAAACAAUUCUAAUACAUGGAAGGUGCAUGAUGUACGCCACUGUGUAAUGACUUAUCAAACUCUUGGAAACUAUGUGCUUCAAGUUGCAAAGAGAAGGUUGGAUGAUAUGCUAUAUGUUGGACUUACUGAGGAACACAAAGAAUCUGCUACAAUGUUUGCAAACUUUGUUGGUGCACAAGUCAUUUCACAGUUAGUCGGGACUGAAACUGUAAAUUAUAAUAAAUUAGAACAGGGUUCUUUGGUUUCUAAAACUGGAUUUCAUACUUCUCAUAAUCAGGGUAAAAAUACAUCAAUCAUUGAAGAACAAAAUGAAAAUAUGACUGUGGGAAAACUUAUGGAAACUUAUGAAACUUGUGUUUCUAAAUUAAGAUCGACUCAGUCAAAAAGGCGUAUGAAUUCUUUUAGAAGGAUCUUUCCUGCAAACUUUACAAAGGAGGCUCGAAGACAUGUUCCUGAAGAAGUUCUCAAGCAAAUCACCUUGUUGAACAGUUUAGAUGUUGAACUGUAUAAACAUGCAGGGAUUAUUUUUGAAAAACAGCAUCAAAAGUUGCUUGAUUCUUCCAUGCCUGAGAGGUGGCAGAUGAUGAAUAGUAAAAGCUACAUUGGUAAUGCAUGGGAAGUCGUUUACUUGUCUGUCUUCAUAUUCUUAGUGUUGUUUAUUUUCCUUUAUGUAAAAGCAAAAAGAAGAAUAUCAAAACUUAAGAUAUAGACAUGAUUAAUUAUAAUUUAUAAUGAUAGGGGGGAACUAGGAGUUGUUAGAAUACAGAUGCUUAGAGAUGUUGGACACUAACAGUAACACCCCAUUAUGUACACUUGUAUGUUGUCUUGAUGUAUUUAUUUGGCCUUGUAUUUCCAUGUUAAUGGCUCUUUCUUGCUAAA